AUGCCACUCGCCCUUGCCAACAGUGCCAAGAUGAACGCCAUCGAUGCAUACGCUGAGGUGGUCAAUGCUGAAGCGGCAGCAUCCCGCCGAAUAGUCGUUGAUGGAGACGAUGCUCCAACAGCAGCAUGGAGCAUGGACCUAGACACCACGAGUAUGCUGAAGAAAGGAUCAGGGGACAAAGAUCCUCGAGAGGGAAUCAUUGAUAUACGAGAAUUUGACGUUCCCUACUAUCUUCGUGUCGCAAUUGACAACGACAUUCGUGUUGGGCUGUGGUAUUCUGUGACAAUGAACGCAGGUCAACCUACCCUUACAAAGCUCACUGAUCGCGUGAAGCGUGCCGAACCUGUCGUCAUGGCCUACGACAUAGAGACCACUAAAGCUCCUCUGAAAUUUCCCGAUCAAGCGGUAGAUCAAGUGAUGAUGAUAUCCUAUAUGAUCGAUGGCCAAGGUUACCUCAUCGUCAACCGGGAUAUCGUAUCGGAGGAUAUUGACGAUUUCGAAUACACUCCCAAAGAAGGCUAUGAAGGGCCUUUUACUUGUUUCAAUGAAGCAGAUGAGGAAGCUACUAUUCGACGCUUUUUUGAGAAUAUACAAUUAGCGAAACCGACAGUGAUGGCGACCUUCAACGGAGACUCGUUUGACUUUCCAUUCCUCGCUGCUAGAGCUCGAGUGCAUGGUAUCGACAUGUUCCUUGAAACAGGCUUCUCCAAGGAUUCGGAAGAUGAGUUUAAGAGCCGAAACUGUAUCCAUAUGGACUGCUUUCGCUGGGUCAAAAGGGAUUCAUACCUACCGCAAGGCAGUCAAGGCCUGAAAGCAGUGACCAAGGCAAAACUGGGCUAUAAUCCUGUUGAACUAGACCCAGAACUUAUGACCCCGUAUGCGAUGGAGCAUCCUCACGAACUGGCACAGUAUUCCGUUUCUGAUGCUGUCGCGACUUAUUAUCUAUACAUGAAAUAUGUGCACCCGUUCAUCUUUUCACUUUGCAACAUCAUCCCUCUCAAUCCGGAUGAAGUUCUCCGCAAAGGGAGUGGGACGCUUUGUGAAACCCUCCUGAUGGUAGAAGCAUAUAGCGCACACAUAAUCAUGCCUAACCGACACGAGGAAGACUUCGGCAACAUGUUCGAUGGACACCUAUUGGCGACAGAAACGUAUGUUGGAGGCCAUGUCGAAGCACUAGAAGCGGGCGUCUUUCGAAGUGAUAUUCCUACUUCUUUCAAAUUAGUACCAGAAACGGUACAAAAAACCGAAUCAGGCCUGACAUUUGACCGAAACAAUGUCCUAAAUUACGAUGAAAUCAAGGGUCAAAUCCAGAAAACCCUUGAAGAAAUGAGGGACAACCCAGUGAGGACGGACAACCCAUUAAUUUACCACCUGGACGUGGCAGCAAUGUAUCCCAACAUCAUGUUGUCAAAUCGUCUGCAACCCGACUCGAUGAUAGACGAAUCUGUUUGUGCCGUGUGUGACUAUAACAUGGAGGACAAGCAAUGUGCCAGGAGCCUUGAGUGGGCAUGGCGUGGGGAAUACUUUCCUGCUCAACGGGAUGAGCUCAAUAUGGUGAAACAUGCCCUUCAUCAGGAAACAUUCCCUUCAAAGGUUCCGAACGGGCCUAGGCGCAAGUUUACCGACUUGACACCCGCCGAGCAAACCGCCUUGAUUCACAAACGUCUUGCUUUCGUGAUCGUCGAUACGAAUAUAAAGGCCUCCACAAGCAAUGGAAAAAGAAUCUUGAUGGGGCGAAUGCAAGUGGAGGACUAG